UGUCAGCGCGCAGUUCAAAUGGCGGCGGAAGUCUGAUGUGGUGUAAAGGCUGUAGACGAUAUGUAAGACUAUGAAAGGAUACUAAUUUAGCAUAUACAGUCCUGCAGAGAAAUGGCUUCUAAAAGCAAGAAACAAAUAAAAGAUGAAGUGACCAGCAAACUGGACAUUUCGCUGGACAAGCUGUACCUUAUCUGGCAAGAAAUCGGUAUAGAUGAGACACAAGUGGGCAACAGGGCCAGUACAGUGUCCAUGCAUCUGUGUAACCUGAUGAAAGAAAUGGUCAGUGAGGAGGAGCAGCUGCGAGAUCAGAUGGCACUCAACAUCCAGCACUAUGUUGAUGAUUUGUCUCAGCUUUGCCUGGAGCUCUCCUUACCUCUUCCUAAAGUCCUUGAAAAUGUGUCCAUGGUUCAACGUGAAAAAGAGCUGCGGUGCCGUUUAGAAACAUUGAAUCGGGAAAAGCAGGAACGCAUGAGGACAUUAAAAAAGCUGCACGAGGAAGACCAGCGACUGUGUGAGAUGCUGUGCUCUGCUCCUUAUUACAUCCCUUCAGGUGUGGUGCCAUCACGUCACCAGUUGCAGGAGUUGGAGACCCAUGUCAAGAGUCUGGAGGCUGAGAGGGAGAAACGCCACGGGGAGUUUGUCUGUAUCAAGAAAAGGAUAGUUGACCUUUGCAAUGAGAUGGACCAUGACCCAGAGACAUCUUUCGAACGAGACCUCAUAUGUGAAGAUGACGAAAUGUUUCAGCUAUCUACAGACAACAUGCGUUCCCUGGCUACACUGUUGCAGGAGCUUGAAAAGAAGAAUCGAGAGCUACAUCAGACAGUGCAAGACUUGUGGACACGGGUGCGGGCUCUCUGGGAAAGACUGGGCAUCCCUCAGUCAGAGAGAGCUGAGUUUGAGUCCAAACACCCAGGUCAUAAAAACAGUGUGGCUGCUAGCUUACGUGAAGAGAUCCUACGUUGUGAGCAACUCAAGUAUGACAAUCUUCAGCAUUUUGUGGAGGGGAUGCGUCGUGAGCUGGUGGACUGGUGGAAACGUUGUUACUUCAGUAAAGAGCAAAGGGAUACCUUCCUCCCUUACUUAGAAGAGAAUUAUACAGAGGAACUGCUGGAAGUACAUGAGCAAGAACUAGAAAAAAUGAGAUCUUAUUUUGAAAUGCACAAGGAUAUUCUGGAGCUGAUCGCCAAGCGAGAAAGGCUGUGGGAAGAAAUGCUAGAAUUUGAGAAAAAGGCCAGUGACCCUAAUCGUUUCUUCAAUGACAGGGGAGGGAAACUGCUACGAGAAGAAAAAGCUAGGAAGAAGCUGAUGAAGGAACUUCCACGGAUUGAAGAAGAUACAAAAGAAAAAAUUGAUGCUUGGGAAAAGCAGAAUGAGAAGAAGUUUCUCAUUGAGGGUGUUCUUUUUGCGGAAUAUGUGGAAAAGCAGUGGAACAGCUUUCAUGAACAGAAAGAACAGGAAAAACAAGCAAGGCUCAAAAGUAAAGCCAAACAAAUGGAAGAAGAAAUGAUUUUUGGCAGCAAGCCAACCUCUAACACACCUGCAAAGCGGCGAAUUGUCAACACUCCUGGCAGAACACCACUGAAGGCUCGCAAGGCUGAUAGUUCAGUGUCAGUUCAAGUUCAGGUAAAGCUGAAGUUGAAUGAAACCCCUAGAACACCAGCUUCAGUUAGCCGCAUACAGCACAGUUCUGUGUUUCCUUCACCAUAUUCCAGGGUUACCUUAUCAUCCAAGACACCCAACAUGAAUCACACUAUGCGUCGUCGUUCUCUCCGACGGGCGCGCAAAGUUCUUCAAGAGAGCAUACAACGCGGAAAAGUUGGAGCAACCGCCAAGAAUGAUCAGCAUGUGAAUGCUGGUCAAGGUGACCUGUUUUCCCAGACCACGGUAAGCAGUGGAGCAUCUGCCGGCAACAUCUCACUUGCAACCACAGGAUCCUACCAAGAUUUUGCAAAAGGCUUGAGUCAAACUGCAAGACCAAAUUGCCGAAGCAGUGUAGCACCAUCCAUUGGUUGCAGUCCCUUAAAGCGAUGGUGAGAAGAUGGGAAUGGCAGAAAAUGAAGUAACACUAUCUGUCAUCCGAUGAGGAUGAAGCAGGAGUGGUAGGAAAUCAGGACAGCCUGUACAGUAGACAAGACAUGGAUUAUGCAGACCGACAUGGAUCAUAUCAUAAAUAAAAUCACAAAGAUCUGUUGAAAGUGAUCUGCCACAUUGAGUCAACUUUGCGGUUGUCAGGUGAAGACACAAAUCUGACACCAGCCUUAAUUAUCGAUACACACGAAGGUGACAUGGACUCUGUGGCUACAAUAUGCAUUGUGUUUUGAGGCCAUGUUUUGCCGCUAAAGUCCUUUGUGGAUCCCUUUACUGUGUAUUCUUUCAGCAAAUCUUUGUGAAAAAGGGUGUGUGACCCAAAAAAAAGAUGGGUAGAUGUAGAAUGUUAAAUAAUUAUGGGUAAAAGGCCACACCAGAAACAAUCUUCUCAUCAACAAGCAGUACUUUAAUAUGUUUUAAAUUCUUUAAUGUUUUACAAAACAGACAUAAUCUUUCAAUUUUACUUGUGUCAUCUUUUUGUGUAAUUCCACAUCAAAAUGAACCACUGGUAGACCUGUCUCAGUAUUGUUGCAGAUUACAUUUUACGAGAUGCUUCAUGCUGGUGGUCAACAGGAGAGAAUGUAGAAUGAUAGUUCCUUGUCUAAUAGAUCUUGCUUCAUAUUAUCAGCUUAACAAAUGGUUAUUUUGCCCAGUCUAAGUAAAAGUGUUCAUUCCCUGUACAAAGGCUACAUGUUAGAUAAGCCCCUAAAUGCUGUAUAAAAUAUAUUAAAUUGUCAGUGCAGUUAAUUACGGAUCAUGUCAUGCUAUCGCAUCAUUUGAAUAUAUUUAUAUUUCUGCAUUUCUUGCUGUAGACAUUUGUGAUGGCCAUUUAGCCAUUGCUGCUAAGACUUGAUCAACCUAUUUUGGUGACAUUGCAAACCUGUAUUAGUUCAUGUACUAUGUCUAUUGUCACACUUUCAGCAGCAGACUAGUUGCCACUAGUAGAUUUCCACAUCUGUUGUCUGUAAUAUGUCCUGUAGCAUACAAGGAUGCAAUGUGUUGUGGAAGAGUGUAGAGUCUGGGACAAUUUUGCUGGUCACAUUACAAAGCAAGCAAAAAGCUCAGAUUAGUGAGAAAGUAGCUGACACCAGAUUUGAGGUCAGUGGCCAUGUAUCUUGCUGCCAGCACACAAAAUGUCCCAGAUGUGCACAUGUUUGCACAAAUGUUCUACAUUGCCGUGUAAUACACCAUCGAACAAAAAUAAUGAAACAAUAAUAAUACUCAGAUGAAUCUGCUUCUGUCUGAGAAGACUCAAAAUUGAUGCUUAGUUUUCUAACAAGAGCUGGAGAGAAAAGUUAUGGCUACAUAGAGUAAAUAGAUAAAAAAAAUUGCUAGGAGCUUAUCUUUGAGUACCUUUCCAAGCAAAACUUUGUGAUUUAAGUGAACCAAGAGGUACCAACAAGUGUUAAAUGUUGAUUUUAACUGUUUACACAUACACAACAUUCACUAACAUUAGCCCAUGCAAUGAGACACCAGGCUUAAUUUCUGCUGCUUACUCUUUCAGCUGCAACAAUAUUGUCCAGCUUGCUUAUGUUCAGUAACAAGGACACAAUUUUAAGCGAAAAGAAAAGAAUUCUGGUGCUAUUCACUGCACACAUCUAGCUCUCUUUUCUUUUUCUUUCUACCUCUCUAUCCUUCCUCUCUAUGACUGUCUUGCUUACUCACCCCCUCCUAAUUUUUGUUCUUUUAUUUUCUCUGUAACUUGCUGGUUCAUCCUCUCUUCCAUUGGUACAUCUCAAAUUAGAACAUUGUCCAUAUUUGUUCUGAAUAGUUUACCUGUGCAUUAUUGCUUCGUCUGGACCUACUGGUAACAGAACACACACACACACAAAAACAUGCUCCAGGGCAACUUAUGCCAACUAAACACAUAGCCCAUUAGCCAGCCAUAAAGCAAAUAUUCCUGCCAAAUUUGGCUGGGAGCAGACAAACAGCAUAUUUGUGCAUAAUCAACCACCACACACACCACAAACAUGCAUAACCACUGCUCAGCUUUAUUUGUGAGAUACAACAGUCAAAACAACGCAUACUAGUACAUUUCCUGGACGUUUCAAACAGCCCCUCACUAAAUUUGGUUACAUGGUAUGUGUUUGUGGUUGAGUUCUUUUGAAUGAUGCACAUUUUAUGGCAGACCAUUAUCUUGACAAAUAACAUCUUUCAUUGCAGUUUUGUUUCUUUUUUAGUAGCGCGAUGAAUCUUGCAAUGUGUUUUUCACAAUCUUAUGCCAAUGAAAUAGAGAUGUAUGUAAUAGCAUUUCACAUUUAGCUCUAGAAGAAACCACAGCCAUAAGGAAAGAAUCCCAUGCUCCAAUUUUAAAAAAGCCUGUAUUUUCCUGAUUUGACAGCAAGAAGUAUAGUCUCAUAAUGUUUCAGAUAAAAGUUGUUCACAAACGCUUAUACAGGAGUUGAAUCAACAGACUUUGUGAUAAAUGGUUGACUUUUCUUUGUAACUGUUUCUGACAAUGUUCACUAUUCCCCGUUUGUCUGUGGUUGUAUAUUACUGUACAAUGCAAUGUUUUGAGGCAUUUGUUCUCAGGUUCUCUCCAUAGGCAGGAAUGCCACCUACAGCAGAACUAUACUGUUUUGUACAAUAUUUAUCUCUUAUAAACAUACUUCUUAUGCUGCUCUUUUCACUGUUAAAAAUGUUUUAUGUUUACCUUCUCUUACCAUUGCAUACACACUUGCAUACUCUUCUUUUCACUGUUCAAAAUGUUGUAUACACUAUUCAUCUCUCUAACACACACAUGUACACACCUCAUACUGCUCUUUUCACUGUUCAGAAUGCUGUAUACAAUAUUUAUCUCUCUAACAUAAAUACUGCUCUCUUCACUGUUCAAAAUGUGCCAGUUAUUGUAAAUUCUGUUUAUACUAGAAUGUUAACCACAGUAGUUUUAGCAUCAAUUUUCAUGUCAUUAUCGCAAAAGUUUUGAAGUUGCAGUGUAUUCCUCUGUAUAUGUACAGUUUUCUUAAGCCCUAACCUAUUUUUUAAAAUCUCUUGGAUUCUGGCCUUGCUUAGUGAAGGAUGGAGAAGCAUUAAAGAGGGAAUGCUCUCAUGUUGCAAGUUU